UAUAUGCGCGUAAUGGUCCUAGCAUAGCCGGAUCUCCCGGGGUGCAAAGCGACAAGGCCUGGCCUAAAUGAUCAGACCCGGCUAGAGUUGUUGCUGGUUGCUAGGCGACGUCGCGGAUCUGACACGGCGGCCUGUGUCUGCCACACAGAGUUCGCUCCUGAGUCCUGGCCGCCGUCACUCCCUCCCUGGACUGGCAGCGACCGUACCCAGGUGCCGCAUACACUGGAGCCGCCAAGACUGAAAGAUGAGUGAGAAACCAUCGGAGACUGUGGAUCGCAGGAUAUUGGAACUAGCCUCUAAACUAACUGAGAGCAGCAAUGGAUCAGUCCCAGUCUUGUUGCUGAAUAUAAAAGAGAUUUUAAAAGGUGUGGCGGCUGGAAGCAAACAGUUGUGGACACUUAAAGAGGAUUUAUAUUAUUAUGGCCUUACCCAGUAUUGUGUUUUAGUUUUGAAACAAGACUAUAGCCGUGUGGAAGGAUGCUGGGUGACAGCUGCUAAUCUCGCUGAUGUAUUGAGUACCUGCUGUUUGGGACUGGAUCCUAAGAAUGAUGCAGAAGAGUUUCGCACUAAACUAUUGCCUGAUGCUGUCCUGAAUAUGCUGGUUCUGGGAAGACGCAUUCAAGCACGAUACGUUCGCUCAGUCAAGGAUGAAGAGAAAGGAGAGCUAUUCCGCAAUUUCAAACUGGUGAUGGAUUCCAUAUGUCGGCUAUUCAGUGGUCACGUCCAGCUAGCCGAAUAUGUUUUCAGGCAGAAGCACUUCUUGCAGUUAUUGAUGACUGAUGAUGUGGAGACCGGAACCAUUGUAAUGUCUGUGCUGCAGAAUAUCCUGAGAGCCAACAGUGCAAUCCUGAGCACCGUUCCGGUGGAGGCCCUGAAUCCAAUAUUGCAUGAACUUGUUUACAAUCUUUCUGCAUCAUCCAAUCCAGUCACUGGGAAUGCUGCUACUCGAUCAUUGCUUUUAAUGGUGGAAUCCAACCCAAGUGUUGCAAAGAUGGUGGGCUCUCAAUAUAAAGGGCUCAGAUCUCUGUUAAGCAAGCAGUGGACUGGAAAAGGCUUCGGCCGAGAGCUCAGUCGACUUCUAGAGGUGUUGUACUCCAGUUCUCUCCAGCAAGAAGAAAUGCAGAGACUGCACCGUGCUGCGUGCCUCAUUCAGGCCGUAUGGAGGGGAUUCCAGAUGAGGAAAAGAAUGAAAAAGCUUCCCAGGGCUGUGACUUCUUUGCAGCGGAGUUUUAGAGCUAAGCGAGAGUUAGAAAUGAAUCAGCUGAAGAGACAGAGAGAGGAAGAACAACUACGAGAACAGCUGCAGCUGCAGAGGCUCAGAGCAAUGAGGGAGUUUCGGGAAAAGCAGCUCACUCUCCUGGAAAUUGUCCAUGCAGGACAAAUGGACAAACAUAUUCGGGAAACACAAGAGAAGUCUGUGGUAUUUGUUCAGAAACACUGGAAGGGAUACAAAGCUAGAAGGCAGUUCCACCAUCAGAAACAAGCGCUUAAACAGUACAAGGCCGCAAUUAUCAUUCAGAGGGCGGCUUUGAGGUUUUUAAACAGACGCAAAAAGAUGCGAGAAUCGUUGUCUCCAUGGAAGAAACACCAGGAUCUGACUGAUGGACAAAGACUUCAGCUUCAGCAGAAAGUGGACACCGACCUCCGCCUACAGCCGGUCCACCAGAUGUCACUAGAGGAAAGCCAGGAGCUGUAUGUAAAAGUACAGGACAAGUUGGGACAGUUUCUUCUGAGGAGAAAGGCGGAACAGAGUGGAGAUCAACGCAGAGAAGCAUUGCUGGUCCAGAUCAACACCGAUAUUAAUAUGUUGAUGGGUGCCCCGAGUCUUAGAGAUGCCACAGAGAAGGACAUUGACUUAUUUACCAGCAGAUCUGUUCCUGUGUCCCAUAAAGCCAAGCAGUGUCACAGCACGAUGCUUAAACGCAGUCGCUGGCCCUGGUGGAAGAAGCUCAGUGAUGAAUUUGUCGAGGAAGAUGAUGGUUUGGUGGGUGACAUAACUGAUUUUGAGCAUGGUAUCAUAUUCAUUGCUGGCAGCAAACAGCCCUAACUUACAGUACCAUAAUCUCCGAAAAAGUUCAAUUCAGUUCAUCAGCCAUAUGGUUCUAUAGCUCUGUAUUUCAUCCCCUGAGGCGUUUGUCUAGGCUACAACUAAGAGAAAGCAUCUCUAUAAAUCCUCUUGCUGUUUGCAGGCUGCCGUUAAUGUGUUGUUUCUGAUAACAAACUAACACGGAGGCAUUUCAGUGCUACUUUUCUAGAUAAAUAGAGAGGAGGCUAAUAAGUGUCACUGUGUUUUCACAUGUAAGGUGCUAUCACCAGUUUCCUGAAUACUAUAUCUGUUGUCACUUAUCACCAUUGUUAAUAUGUAGAUAUUGUAUGUACAUUUGUGUAUGUUGUACUUGUUAGUGUUUUGUUUUUUCUAAUAUUUUAUGUUUACAACUAAUAAUAAACAUUCUUUAAACUGUU